AUGGCCACUUCCAACUGGACCACACACCACCCCUCCACUUUCAUCCUCCUCGGCAUCCCAGGGCUGGAGGAAGCCCACGUCUGGAUCUCCAUCCCCUUCUGCUCCGUCUACAUCCUGUCUGUCAUGGGGAACUGCCUCCUCCUGGCUGUGAUCAAGACCGAGCCAAGCCUCCAUGAGCCCAUGUACCUUUUCCUCGCCAUGCUGGCCUUCGCCGACCUGGUCAUCUGCACCACCACCGUGCCCAAAACUCUCUGCAUUUUCUGGUUCAGGGACCAGGCCAUUCAUAUCGACGCUUGCCUGACUCAGGUGUUCUUGAUUCACUCACUUACCACCAUGGAGUCUGGGUUCAUGCUGGCCAUGGCCUUCGAUCGCUACGUCGCCAUCUGUAACCCGCUGCGACACUCAGACAUCCUGACCCAUCACGCCAUAGCCAAGAUAGGGCUUGCCAUUGUGGCGAGGGGGGCUGUGUUACUAGGCCCACACCCAUUCCUACUGAAGCAGCUCCCGUAUUGCACAACCAACAUAGUUUCUCACACCUAUUGUGAGUUCAUGGCGCUCGUGAAACUAGCCUGUGCUGACACGGUGGCCAUGAGUGCCUACAGUCUUGCCAUAGCGUUUUUUGCUGGUGGCGUAGAUUUUCUCCUCAUCGUCCUGUCCUACAUCCUGAUCCUCCGGGCCAUCUUCAGCCUGCCCUCUAAGGAGGCCCGGAGCAAGUCCCUCAGCACCUGCACUUCCCACAUCUGUGUAAUGUUUCUCUUUUACUUCCCUGCAAUUUUCUCCUACCUUUCCCACCGCUUUGGCCACAUGGCUCCCCAUGUUCACAUCCUCAUCGCCAACUUUUACCUUCUCUUCCCUCCCAUGAUGAACCCCAUCAUCUACGGAGUGAGAACUCCGGGGAUCCGUCAGAGGGCUCUGCACAUUUUGGGCUUCAAACCAGCCUGA